GGGACAAGGGACUAGUGUCAACUGACAGGAAGUCUGGUAUUCGUCUGACCAAUCACAUCCAAAGAAGUCUGCAGAGAGGACUCUCCCUGUUAGCAUCUCGUCUGUUUGUAGCUGCCUUAGCUGUCAUUAAGGACCAGCCGGCUGGACGCAACAAAAGCAGUGGAGAUCUGUCACUUUCACUCCGACACAGACGAGUAAAGCAGCACGCGAACAAAGUAACAUUUCGGUUGAAUGACAUCGGUGGAGAUGUGUAAUAAGCUGCAUUGGACACUGAGGACCUACCUGGCUGCCAGCCUAUCACCUGACAGCUGUCACCGCACCUAGCUGCUGAGCUAGCUCGCUAGGUGAGCUCACGGCUAGCAAGUGUUUCUUCGGGCUCAUUGCUAAGUUAGUGCUGCUCUCGGUUCAACGUGGACAGCGGCUACUUCCGCAUGAGCGCACUGUCUUAUUCUUUCCUCAACAAUAUUUGACUCUGCCUGCUGUUCACACCAUGAGUUAGCCAAGCAGCGUCGGGCUGUGUGGGGCAUUUUGAGAACCAGAUCGUUGGCUAGCAUUUAGCUUGACGUUAGCCAACCGCAUUCAUUCAAUUAUCUAAAAACGACUGAAGCCUUAAAACCAGCGCCUCGACGAGCGCACGGGGACUGGUUGGACCACAGCUCUUCUAACGAUACGUGCACAUUUUGGACUUGGCCGUGCUUUGGAUAGCAACCGAGGAGGGGAAAUGAAGAAAUUCUUUGAUUCUCGUCGGGAGUUGGUGAGCUCUGGGCCCGGACCCGGGGGAGGAGGCGCUGGUUCCGGCGGCGACGACAGCUUCAUUGGACGGGUCUUCACCAUUGGACGAUAUCAAGUGACCGUCGAGGAAAUUGUCGCCGAAGGAGGUUUUGCCAUAGUUUUUUUGGUACGGACUCAUCAAGGCGUACGUUGUGCACUAAAAAGGAUGUAUGUCAACAAUGAACAUGAUUUACAAGUCUGCCAACUUGAGAUUCAGAUAAUGAGGGACCUAGUGGGCAACAAAAACAUAGUUGGUUUUCUGGACUCCAGCAUAACUGCAGUUGGAGCUGGUGAUGUGUGGGAAGUCCUAAUCUUAAUGGACUUCUGUCGAGGUGGGCAGGUGGUUAACCUAAUGAACCAGCGGUUGCAGACAGGCUUCACUGAAGCCGAGGUGUUACAGAUCUUUUGUGACACGUGUGAGGCAGUCGCUUGUGUCCACCAGUGCAAGUCUCCAAUCGUCCAUCGAGAUCUCAAGGUGGAAAAUAUUCUUCUCCACGACCGGGGACACUACGUGCUCUGUGACUUUGGAAGUGCCACUAACCACUUCCAAAACCCUCAGACAGAGGGGAUUGCAGUUGUGGAAGAGGAAAUCAAAAAGUACACUACUCUAUCAUACCGCGCUCCAGAAAUGGUCAACCUCUAUGGUGGAAUGAUUAUCACAACAAAGGCAGACAUUUGGGCCAUGGGUUGUCUACUCUAUAAGCUGUGCUACUUCACACUACCUUUUGGGGAGAGCCAAGUAGCUAUCUGUGAUGGAAGUUUCACUAUCCCAGACAACUCCCGCUACUCCCAGGACAUGCACUGUCUCAUCAGGUACAUGCUGGAACCUGACCCAGAUAAGAGACCAGACAUCUACCAAAUAUCCCACUUUGCCUUUAAACUGGCACGACAAGAGUGUCCUGUACCAAAUGAGCAUAAUUCACCUAUUCCUGCAAAACUUCCCGAGCCUAUCAGAGCCAGUGAAGCGGUGGCCAAAAAGAGUCAAACCAAAGCCAGGAUCACAGACCGCGUUCCAACUAUGGAAACUUCAAUUGCACCUCGCCAACGACCCAAGGCUGGCCAGGCUCAGCCCCAGCCGAUAUCAGGCAUUCUUCCAAUCCAGCCAGCUCUCACUCCACGCAAGAGACCCAAUGUGGCUGUUGGAGCACCACAGGCAAUAGGUGUUGGCAUCAAUGUCCCAGCUGCAGCUGCUUUCCAGGCUGCUCAACAGGCUCCUGCUGCACCGCAUCCAGCUCAGACAGCCAACAUGCAGCCACAGGCCACAACACAGCAUCAGCAGCUCCUCAUAAAGCAGCAGCAAGCCUCGGCCUACUUAAGCCCACAGAGCAACCAGCAGCAUCAACUGGUACAGAGCCUCUUCCAGCAUCAGCAACAACUACAAAAAGCGUCUCAGGCGUGUACGGUGCUGCAGUCCAAACAUAAAACUGUUCCUCCAGUUAUUGCCCUGCAACUGCAACACCAGCAGCAUGUAGCACCUGUCCAUGAAACGGCAGCUUCUCAUCUCACCUCCAUCCCUGAGUCUACAGUCAGCCCUGCAGCUGACUCAGAGACGGCUGGUCGAGUGAUUCACAGAGUCGGCUCAUUGACACCCCCCUCGUCGCCAAAGAUGGCCCCUAAAAGCGGUCACAGGCGCAUACUAAGCGAUGUCACUCACAGUGCCGUGUUUGGGGUCCCAGUCAGCAAGUCCACCCAGCUUCUCCAGGCAGCCGCAGCUGAGGCUAGCCUCAACAAGUCCAAAUCAGCCAGUACUACUCCAUCUGGCUCCCCCUGCUCAUCCCAGCAGAGUGUGUAUCAUCUAGGUGAUGGUGACGCCCUAUCGGCUCUUGCUGCACCCAACACUCAGCCAAGCUGGAACCCCUUUGGGGAUGAUAACUUCUCAAAACUAACAGCAGAGGAGCUCCUUAACAAAGACUUUGCAAAGCUAGCUGAGAAUGCUGCACCAGGAGAGAAGGUCACAGGUUCCAGUGAAAAUCUCAUUCCAGGGCUCAUUGCUUUUCCAGCUGAAAGAUCUGCAGACAUCAUCAGUGCAGGUUCAGCAUUGUUGACUGUCCCGGACCCUCUUAAAACCCUCUCCCUCUCUGACACCACAGAGAAGCUGAUUGAGGGACUGAAGUCUCCUGAACCUUCUCUGCUGCUCCCUGACCUCUUAACCCUGGCCAACCCCUUCAGUAGUGCUGCAGAGAGCUCCACCAAUGUGAAGGCAGAGAUGUGUGUGGAUUCACUGAUUCCUGGUUUGGAACCCCCCCAGGCCCAACGACUCUCAGGCCAGCCAGAGCUCAUCCCUCCCAGCAUGCCAGACUCUCUGACUGGGGAGGACUCUCUGCUGGGUUGCAAUCUUCUAUCUCUUACUUGUCCUCAUGGAAACCAGUCUGUUUCUGCUCUCCCUUCCUCCUCUGCUCAUCCGGGCACUGGCUCUGGAUCCUGUCUGGAGGAGCUGCUGCCUGGUCAGACAGCUUCCGACUCUGCUUUCCUCAUGUCGUGUGGGGAGAAGGUCAAUGAAGACGAGUUUGACCCUAUUCCUGUGCUCAUCUCCAAAAACUCAAAUCAAGAUGUUCAAGGGCAGAGUAAUGGCUACUCUAUGCUUCGAGAGGGACAGGAGACUGAACCUCCAGAGGGAGAUUCUCAAGCAAAUGAGGAAUGUGUGCACUCCAGCGAUGAGGAGGAGGAGGAGGAAGAAGCUCAUAGAGAAGAGCAGCAUGAUGAGGGUGCCAUUGAGAGUCAUGCAGCAGGACAAGACUACAGCGGCUCCAGACCUCUGCUGCUGGACUCUGAGGAUGAAGAAGAACAAGAUUUAGCCCUCCAGUCAUCACAGCACUCCAACGCUGAACCAACACAACCAUCUUCUACCUUCCACCAACCUACUCCAAGCACCUUUGCUCAGAAUCACUCCCAACAUGUACACGAGCCAGCCAAAGGGGCAGAUGUUUUCUCAAAAGCUCCCUUUCGGAGUGUGCAAGAAGAAGCAGUCGAUGUGUUUUCCAAUGCUCCGUUUCCACGCGCCCCCCUUGCAGCGCCGCAGCAGUUUGAUGUUUUCUCUCAGGCUCCCUUUGGAAAAAGAAAGGAGGCUCUAGGAGCCCAGCACUUAUAUCCUCAUGCCGCUGGAGUCCAUGUUGUAACACCUGACCAAGGGGUGUUGGGAGAAGUUGCCCAACAGUCUUUCCGCCCCCAAGCUCUGGCCAAAUAUUCCCGACACUUUGAGGGACCUGUGCCCCAGCAGCCCGUAUCAGCUCAUCGAGUAGUGUCUAACGUGAACAGGCAAGCUGCUGUGGCAUCAGUCCCUGUAGGACCUCUUCACUCAUGGACCUCAGAAGUGAGCGCUGUAGACCCCUUCGUCGCUGCACCCUUUCACCUCAAAGCCCCACAAGAAAAGCCCUGAAUGCACACUCGGAGGUCGGGGCAGUGGGUAUCAGCACUCAUCACUGAAUUAUGCAAACUACAACAGGCAUACUGCAUGCUGUCACCAGCGCUGCAGCUGGACUGCAGGUCUGCGUGGAUCUCAUUCUUGGCUCCAUUUAGUGAUAGUGCAAGGUCAUCUUUACACUUGAAUGCUAAAAUGCUCAGAGUAAAAAAACAGCUGACAUCAUUCUCUGACUCCUAGUUGCUUUUUUAUUUUUCCUGUCACAUCCUUUUACCUUUUGCAUUGUCCUUACUCCUUUUGGUACGUUCAUCUACACAAAGACAACAUGGUGGUCGAGCAUUUGAUUGUUUUAUUGCCUACCUCAGUUACUUUUCGUGUCCGCUCUAAAUCACCACACAGUGAGGGAGUUUGUUUGAUUUUCUGUAUUUUUUAGCUUUACGGUCAAACUGAUCUGAUGACGCCUCAUUCCUCCAUUGUGUUAUCUUGCAGAAAUGUGUGAUUCAGCUUCAAUCACAAGAUCAUAACGUCACAGAAGCUUGCAAGAGGAAAAUGUAAAGAUGUUUCAGAGGAAUUUAUCUACAAAUCUCUGGCUUGAUAUAAUUACAAACAACCUUACAAUCAUGCCCUUCAAAGUCUGUAGUUUGGGGCCCUUGUUCUUUAAGCUUUGCAGUUUGUUAUGAGGCAGAUGCUGAAUACUGAUGCAAAGACAGUUCUAAGGAUAACAUUUGUUAAUAUGACAUGAAACUUUUUUUCAUUCAAAAUAUUUUGCAUUUUGUCAUGUAUUGUGUUUGUGGUCCAUGUCCUGUCUGAUAGAAAUGGAAUAUCAGUGUUUGUUCCAUGUAACGUACGAACUGUUUAAAUGUUAGGCAUAGAAAAUACAUGAUAGUAGUUCUUGUGUUAGAUAAAUGUAGAACGCCCGCUUUUCUUUGUUUCUACUUUACAAGAUGAUAUCUCUGAAGCCUUACACUUUUACAGUUUGUAACUCCGACCACAUAAUAAUAAUUCACUUUUGCCUUUUGUGCCCUCCUUUUUAAAACUGCUGCAUUUACUUCAAUUUAUUGCACACACAUUCAGCACCAACUAUUUGUGUACAAUAAUAUACAAUUUAUUGUUGCAGUGUGCUCAUGCACCAAGACUUUCAUUCAACUCUAAUGCAGCUCUAUCGUAGGUCUCUGUAAACUCCAACUGUACUAACUGUGACUCACACUUAUGAACAACUUAAGUGAAAACUUUUAACUGCAACUUAAAACAGAUGCUUUCCUGCAGUCGCACAAAUAUCUACAGCACUUAUGCAUCGCAGUUCCAGUCAGGGAUUGUAAACGGUAGUAUCUUUUACGUGAGAUCUUGAAUGGUGACUGAUUGAUGACAUUCCUUUUGAAUUUAAUUCCAUCGCCAUUUGGGAAUAUUUUAUUGUCUUUGUGCUCUGCAAAAUCAUGGAACACUCUUUGGUUCCCAUCAUGGCACUUUUAAGAAAGGGGAUCCAACCGGUUUCAGCCCAAAGUUGAAUUCAUGUAUUAUUCUGUUGCAAUUUAAAACCUCUUCUUUCUUUUCACAAUGUACAAUCUUUUUUAUAAAUGCUCACUUUUCUCACCCAACUUGUAUACAUGAAGGUUGCACAUAGUCACUGACACGGUCAGGGUCCUCUAAGAAUGGGGUUUGAUUGUAACAGCUGUGUAAUGUAUUUCAACCAGUGUUGUGUAGGACAUCUUUGGACGAUUCAACAACUGAUGAUACUGUUGGACAAAAAUAGCACUCAAAAUACUGCACAAUCUGCCUUUUGAAAAGUAUGUUGUAAGUCAUAAAAAAAAUUAAAAAAAACUAUUAAACGAAUGUAAAUCAAA